GUCCUUCAAACUUCUGGAAUAUGUAUCACGGUGUGAAAUUCUUUAGAUAUAUUCAUGGCCCACUAACCAUGUCACGUGCAUCGAAUUAAAGCCGCGAUGCGAGGUUGUUGUUGUGUUUAAAAAAAUAAUCUCUCAUCAGUAUAUUAUUGUUAGGUUUAUAUUGCAUCAUUCUCGAAGUUUCCAGGUGCACAUGCGAUGACAGUUUUCGUCUGCUGCAUACUUGGGGAAUCCCCGAGUGUUCUAAACAAGGCGAUGAUGAUAAAAGUUUACGUCAUGCUUAAAUGAAAAGCGUGCAACGGCAUUAAAGACAGCAAUAAAUUCAGACGGGUGCAGGAAAUUUCUGGAAAUUGAUUUCUGACAGACGUCUAACAAGUUACCGCAGACGAAGAAUGCCUGGCAACAAGAGCUUAACGAGAAGUUUGGGAACUAAGACUGCAUUCUCAAGAAACAGGGCUCUGCAGCCCUUCAGGAACCUUGAUGAGUCUGAUUUGGGAGGCAUCAGUGGCAAUCAUCAGCGCAUACCACAUGUACCAAAUGUACAUGGGGAGCCACGAGAGAUUGUCUCACCAGGGCAGGUUCAGACCCACCUGUUGAUCACUUCUCUCCUAGAACAAAUGUGCGUCAUGGCUGUUAAGGAUCAACACAUGGCGAAUCAACUUUUUAACAUGAUAUGUCAACAGUUGGCAAAGUUGAGGGUUAUCUCCCCUCUGACCUUCAUGGAUGAAAUGAGUAGUUCUAGAGCCCGAUACCGACUCACCCUCAAUAACAUGAUACACAAGGCAAAGCGAGACAUGUUCAAGCAAGCCACAAGUCUAUCCCCAAUACUCAUGCAGGUCCACUGGGCCAACACACCAAGGAUGCCUGAUAUACCACUGCUAACCCACAGCAUUCAGAGUCUAGCCAUGCAGGACUCCAGGUACAGACAUGAAUUUGUUGAAAUCUGUCGUCUUGGGAAAGGAGGAUUCGGUUCAGUAUUCAAGGCCAAAAAUCGACUAGAUGGACGAGAGUAUGCUGUGAAAAAAGUGAAGUUUAAACAUAGAAAUGCAGGACUACUCUUAAAACUAUUACGGGAAGUAAAGGCAUUGGCAGGUCUCACACACAGCAAUAUUGUUGGCUACAAUGCAGCAUGGCUAGAGCAUGGCAUUUCAGGUCCUCAAACCUCCAGUGACACCAGCCACACAUCAGAUGACAGUUCAUCAUCCACAGACAGUGAAAGCUUUGGUCACCAAGGCAACAGUCCAAGUGUCAGCAUAGUAUUUGGAAGCACCAACACAGGAGAUGACUUGGAUGACAGACAAGGCCCAAAGAUCCUCGAACUGGAUCCAAGUUAUACAAAUUCUGAAAUAGGGCCCAACACAGAAUUAACAUCCAAAUAUCUUUGUAUACCUCAGGCAUCACAUUCCAAGUCGUUGAGUGUGUUCCAACGACAGAAAAGUGCGAACAGUUUCUUCACUGCCACCAAAGUAUUGACACGUGGAGUUGCAGAGCCAAACCACAACACCAACACUGGUAGUGACGUUGUGUUCACCGAGAGUCAUUAUACAGAGAAUAAAGCAAUAACAAGCACAAGGAGGGUGUAUCGCAGGAGCAUCAGCUGUGAACCUAAUCCUAGUACUGAGAAGUCUUUUGGGAACACAAUGGAUCGAGAUGAUUUUUAUGGGCAAAUUUCACCUUUUGAUACCAGUGUCACGUUGUACAUACAGAUGGAGUUGUGUAGUCUCACCCUAGCUGACUGGCUGGUGCAGAGGAAUGAAGCAAUCAAAGACUCAGAUCUGAAAAAAAUUGGUAGUGAUAAUAUGAGGAUAUUUCAUCAACUUCUACGAGGGGUUGAUUACAUACACUCACAGGGCCUAAUGCAUAGGGAUCUGAAGCCGAGGAAUAUUUUCCUCCAAGGAUCAUCCCUCCAUGUGAAGAUUGGAGACUUUGGUCUAGCUACAGAGGACAUCAUGAGCAACGACAGAGAUACUGUGUUAUCUCCCCCUGCGUAUAAAGAAGUGUUCAAGUUCGACCGUCACACAGCUGAAGUGGGGACUCUGACAUAUGCUGCCCCAGAACAACUGAAAAGAUGCAUGUAUGACAACAAGUGUGACAUCUUCAGCCUGGGAGUCAUUCUGUUUGAGCAGUACAAUCGCUUUGUGACAGAGAUGGAGAGACACGAAGCUAUCACAAGUCUCAAGAAGGGAGAUAUACCCGAUGUAUUCUCCCAACACUGGCCAGGGCAGGCGAAGGCAGUGUUCAAGAUGACUCACACUGAGCCCCCAGAACGUCCAUCAGCCAAAGACCUCCUUACAAGUGACCUCUUCCUUACAAAAGAACAGAUCAUCCACAACCUUCAGAGGAAGGUGUCAGAGCAGGAGGGCGACCUUGACACGCUCCGCCAUGACCUUGGAGAGAGAGACCGUCUGCUGAAGGAUGUGUUGAUGGAGAGGGAGGAGAGAGACAGAACAAUUGCUCAGCUUCAGGAAGAACUGGACAGGAUAAGAUUUGAGAUGUUUAACUCUACAAAGUUUAGCCAGUGAAGAGAAUUACAAAAGUCUUUAAAUGAUGGUAAAAGAUAGGGUUAUUGUCAAGUGACAGGAAAAACUAGACAUGAUCAAAUGUGAGAUGUUUUACAAAAAAAGUUUACCAAGGGAGGUGGUCUUUAAUCUUUUUCAUGGUGACAAAACUCUUGCCUUUUCGCAGAAGAUAAAGGUUUCCUGUUUGAAGUAUUGUCACAAAAUAAGAAGUUCCAUUCUCAGCAGGGGGAUAAAGACCACAUUUUGAAAACACAAUUCGACAUGGAUGGAAAAAUGAUGACAGAGUGUGAGGGAGACAGAUAGAGCUGUUUAUUGUCCAGUUGUAAACAGUCAAGUGUGUUUCAUUGUAUCAACUUUCAUAUGGUGCUUCAUGAAUUAAAUCCAACAUACAUUGUGCAAUUGUUUCUGAGGACUGGAUGAAGACCAUCGUGUCGUGUGAUAAGUCCUAUCAUCCUAUGUUCAACAUUGUUUCAUCAGGGAGGGCAGAUAUCUCAGGUUUUGUUGAAGAAUAUGACCAUCACCUCAUCAUCAUCAGUAUGUUGAAGGACAAACCCAAUGGUGAUUACGGGUUAGGAUCCAUCAUAGCAGCAUCUGCUGGUCAUAGGAGCUUACUUAGUGGACUGGGUAGUCAGACUCAGAGAUUCGAUUACUCACAUGUCAAUGUAGCCCAUGGGGUUGAUCGUUGCUCACAAUAUUGAUCAUUGGGUUGUCUGGUCCAGGUAAUUAUUAUUGGGUUGUCAUCAUAUGGUUGUAAUAUUGCUGAGUGUGGCAUUAUACGGUAAACAAAUAAGCAAAUGCAAAUUUAUGAAGGACAAAGUUUGAUGAGGGGACUUUCAGAUACAAUAUUUAUUGCAAUACACUAAAUCAAUAUGCAAUACACAUAUAGACUGUUGCGUCAGUUUGAUGGUAUUAUCAUAUAAUGCAGUGCUUUUAUUUUUAAUAACUGUAACUGUUUUAUAUGAAAACAUGUACUUAUCUAAAGGUGUAUGGUUGUCAAAAAUUAAACCAGUCCUAUACGA